AUGGAUACGGUAGGCAAUCUCGUCGGUGUUCCCACAUUUCCCAGCUAUGUUCCACCGCUGAUGAUGGAGAGCAUCGAUGAAAUGAAUUUCUAUGAGAGAACAAAGAGUUUCAUUGGCUACAACCUUGGUAACAUUCUGUACCCCAGAGACAGCGAUAAUGAGACAGUAUUGGGAUCCCAAUUCCCAGACAUCAUGGAUCUAGCAAGCAAAUGCCCGCUGGUUAUGGCCAACUCUAAUGAACUGUACGAGUUCCCCAGACCAACACUCGCCAAAGUUGUGAACAUUGGUGGACUUGGGAGUUGA